UUAAGGUAUUGUGUUUGCAUAAAUCUCUAAAUACCAUCAAAAUGAAAUACUUUGUAUUUUGCGCACUUUUUGCAUUGACGUACGCAAACGUCGAUGUGAACCAAUUAAAAAAGCUUCAAGCUCUUCCAGAGUUUGCAGGGGUAUCUCUAGUAGAACUCGAGGCUCAAACCAGGCUUACAGUGCCUGACUUGAUCGAGAGUGAAGGAUACCCUAGCGAAACCUACGAAGUCACCACCGAAGAUGGGUACAUCCUGACCCUACACAGAAUUCCUUUGGGGAAAAACGCGAAGAAAUCCAACGGUAAAGUGGCCUUCCUUCAACACGGCAUUCUGUCUUCCUCGUGUGACUGGAUCAUCACUGGUUCAUCCAAAGGAUUAGCUUACAUCUUGGCAGAUGAGGGUUACGAUGUGUGGAUGGGCAACGCUCGUGGUAACAGAUACUCGAGAAACCACACAACAUUGAACCCAGACAAGGAUUCAAAGUUCUGGAAGUUCAGCUGGCAUCAAAUCGGCGCCAUCGAUCUUCCAACCAUGAUCGAUUUUGUCUUGGAAAAGACUGGAGUUCCAAGUGUGUACUACGCCGGCCACUCCCAAGGAACAACAAGCUUUUUUGUAAUGACAUCCUUUAAACCAGAAUACAAUGAGAAAAUCAAGGUGCAAGUCAGUUUGGCACCAAUCGGUUUCAUGAAACACAUGACAAGUCCUUUGCUCAAAAUUUUGGCCUUCUUUACCAACACAAUGGAGGUUCUUUUAAACCUAAUUGGCGUGAACGAGUUCCUUCCAACGAGCGACGUUGGAAAAGUGCUUUGUGGCGACAAUUCCAUCACGCAAAUUCUCUGCAAGAACGCCCUAUUCGUCGUUUGCGGAUUCAGCCACAAAGAAAUGAACGCCACAUUGCUGCCAACCUUAAUGGGUCACACCCCCGCUGGUUCCUCCACCAAGCAACUGCUGCAUUACUCGCAGGAAAUCAAGUCCGGCCACUUCAGGCAAUACGAUUUCGGCUUGAUUAGGAAUAAGAGGGUUUACAAUUCUUUCUUCCCACCCGACUACAGGCUCGCUCAAGUCACUGCUCCAGUGUACUUGCUGUACAGCCACAACGAUUGGCUGGCUGCCGAGAAAGACGUCAGCAAAUUGUGCGACAAAUUGGGAAAUUGCAAAGAGAAGUUUGUAGUUCCCAAUAAGGAUUUUAACCAUUUAGACUACAUGUAUGGUAUGAGCGCUUCGGAGACCGUCUACCCCAAAGUUAUCAGUAUAUUUAAUAGUCAUUAAAUAGGGUUUUAAUUUUUAUUUCAACGCUUGAUUUGAUGAAAUACAAAUUAUAUAUUUUUAUAUCUUUCAAUAUCAUAUGUUGUUUUAAUAAUUAUUACAAAUAA